AUGCACAGGGCUUUAUCUUUAUCUUCAUUACAUUUAAGGAGUCUUGUGAAUACACCUGUUAUUUCAGUUUUAAGGGGUAUCCAUAGUAAUCCAAAUACUUUUGCUGACGUCAAUCCCAACAAGAAAUCGCAAAGUAAACUGGUCAAUAUGGGCGAAAUGAUCCUAUACCUAGAAAGACAUGGUGUACCGGAAAUGCUCAAUAAAACCAUAUCUAGCGAUAAAUUGUCAGAUAAUAUAAUCUUAAGGGUAUUACCAACAACCCAUCCAUACUUACCUGUAUUGCGUGGGAAAAACAGUUAUAAAGCUACUAUGAACACAAUAAGUUUAAUAGUAAGGAAUUAUUUGUUAUUAAAAACUAAUAAAAAUAAUAAAAAUAAUAAUAAUAAUAGUAGGAAUAACACAAAAAUAGGAAAUGUAAUUAUACAUGAUGCUAAUGUACAAUAUAAGUUACAAAUAUCAAAGAUUGAACCCAUAUUAUCCGAUGAUUAUAAGAAUAAAUGCCAUAUGUAUAACUUUUAUCUUAGUGAAAUUAGUGACAAGAUAGUAGUCAAAUGGUUUGUCGUGUCUAUUGUAGAUGAGAACAGUAAUGAUACAGAUAUAGGAAUGGAUAACAUUACUGAUUCAUCUAAUCUAGGCUCGCAUUUAGCAAAUACUUCGGUCGAUAAAAUUAAUGAUAUUAAACAUCACAUAAGAAAUGAUGCCAACAAAAUUAAUACCAUCUUUGGUGGUAUUUUUAUAUUUGAAUUGGAUGAGAAUAAUGAAAAGAUAUUGGUGCAUACCAUAGAUAGUGUAGAAAUGCUUGAUAAUACAUCUAAAAAGUUGCAAGACAGAGGAAAGUUAAUAUUUUCAUGA